GUAUUUAUAGAUGAGGACACCCAAUCGCCAAAGAGCUUUGACGAACAAUUUGUAAGUGACUCUCGAGUGGAAAGAUGCACAUACGGUCGUCACAUCGAAAAAUGUAAAUGUGAUCAUCACAUAGAAAUGUGCGAGUCCCACAGGGCGGAAUUGAUUAGAGAGUAUACACAAAAAAUUGACGAAUCCACAUUGGUUGCUAGCGAAUAUAAAAAUAAGUGUGAACAUUUUGAGAAGCGGGCAAAAGAAUUAGAGCUGAAAUUAGAGGAAUUUAGGAACGUUGGUGAUAGAUCAAUGGUGCACGACGGCAGAAUUCGAGAUGAGAAAUCAGAAAAUGAACCUCGACGGAAAUGCUCUCCCAACGAGAAAGAGUGUGUUCUGGGGGGAUGGGAUGAAGAAUUGGGUCGGCAGGUGAGUCAAGUGAGGAAGAGUGACUCGCCAUCGUCGAAGGGAAAAUCAGGUGAAGAAUAUGUUGAUGUCAGCAAGGAAAUCGAAGAAAAUAAACUCGAAGAGGCCGAUCGGACUAUUAAAAAGAAAGAUCUCGAGAUCGCAUCAUUAUUUAACGCCGUCACAAUGAAAGAUAAAGGGACUUAA